AUGGCGCAGCGCCCGCGCCGCUUCCACUUUGUCCUCCUCGCGCUCCUCUGUCUCAUCGUGGCUGCGUACAGCGUCUUUACGUGGGAGAUGGUCGACCUGCCGUGGCUUUCUGGCGCCAAGGGCCAAGACUUGGCGCAUCUUCGGCGCCACAACGAGUCGAGCGGCCACGGAAACGCCACUGCGACUGGGGCUGAUGACGUCACGCGUCUGCCCAAUGCGACCCUCGAGCUCCACGCGACGGGUCCGGUUGACGUCACGCGUCUGCCCAGUUCGAGCCCCGUACUCCACACGACCACGGGCAAUAACGCAACAACGGCGACCCCACCUUACGACCUCUUUGGCAACGUGGUGCACCUCAACAACCUCAAUGAAGCCUGCUUCCAUGCCAACGACAGCAUCGUUCACUGGUCGUACAACAGCACUGAGGUCGACCUCGCCCAGCUCUGGACCCGCGACGAGACGCCACGAAACGAGCUCAUUGCGCACCUCGCGCAGUGUCCCGAGGUCGAUGUCUUCCUCCCCGCCGGCCUGCGCGACCACGGGUACUGCGAAGACGGUAUGGCGUACGUCAAGUUUCUCAAGACACGUGCGCUGCCGCUCUGGGUCUUUGAUUUGCGCUUCGACUACCAAGGCCGGAAAAACAUCAACUAUUUUGACUUGUGCCCGAACACGGCGCUGCUCUUUAUGAACCACUACACCGAAGGCCUCAUGGACCGCGACGACUUUCCAUCGGACAAGGUGGUUGUCAACAUGCCCAACGUUGAAAUGUACGAGCUCAAGGGCAAAGACUACCAUCGCUUCGACGUCGUCCUCUGCAAGACGCGCGACGGCUACGACCGCCUCUCGCGCUGGUACAAGGACAACGGAAACCCGCGCAACACAAAGCUGCUCUACGUCCAGCACACGUCGUCCGACCCGUCGACGGUGGCCAUUACGCAUGCGAUGGCGCACCCGGAGCUGCCACCGAUCCAGCCCAAGAACUUUGAGAAUCUCACGUUCUUUCACGCCAACGGCCACAGCUGGUUCAAGAGCACACGCGCGGUGCUCGAGAAACUCGUGGACUCUCGAGCAUUUCACCAGAUCUUUGGUGACGACGGCGCGCCAUCGAAUCUCCAGUUUCACCACGGCGAGGAAGUCGACGUCGCCCAGUUUGGCCGCCAGCUCCUCGAAACGAGUGCGAUCUUGUGCCCGAGUCGCAUGGAAGGCUUUGGCCACUACAUCAACCAAGCUAGAGCGUCCGGCUCGCUCGUCUUGACGACGAAUGCGCCGCCCAUGAACGAAUUCAUCGACAACGACUCAGGCGUGCUUGUCGAGGCGUCAACAAGGGACCAGCUCUUGAGUGCUUACGGCGGCAUGGAGUGGCACGUCUCGUGGCAUUCGAUCUGCGACGCUGUCGACAACGUCCUGCAUCUCGCGCCGUCCGAGCGCCAGCGGCGCGCACAGAACGGGCGGCAACGCUACGAGAAGCAGCUCAUCGAGUUUCGAGACAACAUGCAUGACGUGCGCGCUCUUCUUGCCAAGAAGCCGCAGCAGGAGAUAUGA